CCCAGCAGAAGCUUCUGUAGCCACUUUGGUCUCUGGCACCCUGGACCAGGGAGGUGGGAUGGGCGGAAUGCAGGAGGGGCAGGCAAACGGAACUGACGCAAGGCGCCGCCAUGCCUUUUGAGGGCGGUGACGACGCCAGGCUGGCCAUGCUGGCUACGGGCACGUGAGUGGAGGCGGCGUUGUGAACCACGGGGUGGGGAAGAUUUGGCGGCCCUGAGGCCGAGAGGCGCUGGGAGGAUGAGUAGCUUAGGGGAGGGGGACGGCCUACAUAGACCAGAGGACAGAGGUUGUCCAGUGGCCCUUAUCUGAGCGCAGACAAGGAGCCUUCCCCGGGAACGGUCGUGUCUGACCCGAGGCAAAUCCCAGACAGCCUUGUCUUCUUCGUCCAGACCCCCUGAGAUGCUUCCUUUGGCGUGGGUCUACCCUGGACCCCGGGCGCGGUGGGGAGGUGUCUGCGCGGCGGAGCGGGGCCCCGACGCUCACCCGGCCUCCUGCAUGAUCGCGUUCUCCACGCCUGCGGGGCGCGGAUGGCGGCGGCGCGGCCCGAGGAGCUGUGGGAGGCCGUGGUGGGGGCCGCCGAGCGCUUCCGGGCCCAGACUGGCACUGAGCUGGUGCUGCUGACCGCUGCGCCACCGCCGCCGCCACGCCCGGGGCCCUGUGCCUAUGCAGCCCAUGGCCGCGGGGCCCUGGCCGAGGCUGCCCGCCGCUGCCUCCAGGACAUUGCACAGGCCCACAGAGCUGCGGCGGCCGCCCGGCCUCCCAGGCCCCCGCCAGUGCCCAGCCCCGAUCCCAGCCCGCCCCGACCAGCCCUUCCCAGGGAGGACGAGGAGGAGGAGGAGGAGGAGGAGGAGGACCAGCCGACAGAGACAGAGACCUCCGGGGAGCGGCUGGGUGGCAGCGAUAACGGAGGGCUCUUCGUGAUGGACGAGGACACCACCCUCCAGGACCUGCCCCCCUUCUGUGAGUCGGACCCCGAGAGCACAGAUGACGGUAGCCUGAGCGAAGAUGCCCCUGCCGGCCCCCCGGCCUGUUCCAUGCCCCCCGCCUCGGCCCUGCCCACGCAGCAGUACGCCAAGUCGCUGCCCGUGUCUGUGCCCGUCUGGGCCUUCAAGGAGAAGAGGACCGAGGCGAGGUCAUCGGAUGAGGAGAACGGACAGCCCUCCUCGCCCGACCUGGACCGCAUCGCGGCGAGCAUGCGCGCUCUGGUGCUGCGGGAGGCCGAGGAUACCCAGGUGUUCGGGGACUUGCCGCGACCGCGGCUCAACACCAGCGACUUCCAGAAGCUGAAGCGGAAAUACUGAGGCCCGGGUAGCCAGCUUCGUCCGGGCGCGGCCGCCCCGCCCCACACUACACCCCUGCCCCGCCCCCGAGUCCCGGCAAUCCGGGCGGGCCUCCGGCUGGUCCACGGCCUCCAGCGCCAGGGGGCGAGAUCUGUCCUGCCUGCCGUUUGGGUCUGUCGUCCUUUUCUCUACCUAGCGACAGAUUCUUUAAGGGCACCGAGUCGCUUUCUGGACGGGGGCGUGGCUAGUUCUAAACCCUUAAUGGGUCUACUCCGUCGUUUUUCUGCCUAGCGACAGUCUUUGCUCGCUCGGCAUUAGCUCCAUCCCUGAAAGGGUACAGCCAACCUCUUAGGAUUGGGAAGUGGCCACGACUUUAGCCUAGGGACCGGGCAGCUCUCUCAUUUGAUAGGCUAGAAUCCAGUAAAGGGGCUCAAUGUCUAGGGGAGUUACCCUCAGCCCUUCCUAAAUCCUCUUUGCUGAUUGGCUACAGCCUCUUGGGGUGUGGUCAAGCGGACCGUCGCCUUUCCUGAAUCCUCCCUCCUGAUUGGCUGCAGCCUAUUGGGGGCGUGGCGAAGCCCUCCGAAUCAGGCUGUGGCCUUCAGUUUGCCGUUUUUUACACUACUGGGGCUGGGCUGGUAAUUUUUUGGCUGAGUCCUGACAGUUGCACCCCUGGCCCCCUCAGGGAUGGCUCAAUCCUGUCCCUGCGUCCAACACCCCUCACUGGUUCCAUCCCACAAGAGCCUGCCAAUCGAAGCUGUCCUUUUCUCCAGGACGGUACCAGCUCCCGCCCCUCUCCCCCACCCCCACAGGUGCCUUAAUGGGCCCUUGUCCACCCAAGGUGGGGGGCAGGGGGCUUCACUCUCCGGCCCUGGUGUGGGGGAGAGAGUGGGAGGAUCGGGAGUUAGGAGGGGCGCUCUGAGAUUAAAGAGUUUUAUCUCUGAUAAAUGUGA